AUGUCUCUCCAGGGCAAAAUUGCAAUUGUUACGGGUGGUUCUCGUGGCAUGGGUGCAGCCAUUGCCACUGAGUUUGCGAAGCGUGGUGCUGAAGGGAUUGCUAUCACUUAUAUAUCAAGCGGCGAUAAGGCCGAACAAGUCGUAAAAGAGAUCAAAAACUACGGCACCAAAGCUAUUGCUAUCAAAGCCGAUCUAAGGGAUCCUACCUUUGGAGAAUCUGUUCUUAAAGCUGCCUUGGAAUGCCUUGAUACUAAGCAUAUCGACAUUCUAAUUAACAAUGCUGCAAUUGCCGAGUAUAUUCCAUUUGACGCUAUCAACGACGAAAGCUUUGCUAAACUGUUCGAGGCAAAUGUCCGUGGUCCCGUCAAAUUCAUCCAGGCAGUCCUUCCAGUGAUCCGUAAGGGCGGCCGGAUUGUCAAUGUUACGUCGAGGGGUGCCAGGGUGCCAUUUUCUGGCAUGUUCACCCUUUACGCCUCGACCAAGGGUGCUUUAGAUGUAACUACCAAAGGGCUUGCCACCGAGUAUGCAAAUGACAAGAAUAUCACGGUUAACAAUGUAAUGCCUGGCCCUGUGGCUACUGAUGCUCUAGACGGAGUCCCACAACCAUUCCUGGAUCACCUUGCUAGUCUUGCCAUGGCCGAGAAGCGCCUUGGUCGCCCGGAUGAUAUUGCACAAAUCUGUGCGUUCUUAGCAGAAGAGGGCAGUCGCUGGGUUAACGGAGACACCAUCUCUGCUUCUGGCGGCAUGGACAUGCUGUAA